UCGGUUUUCAGGUGUCAGAGUGGCGUAUCCGUUACGGACCCGGUAAGGGUGUUUUUACGGUUGGGCCUUCUUUUCAGGGCUACCCGUUUCACGAUUUUUGCAUUUUUCUCUCACCACUGGGAAGGACUAAACUGUAGUCGGGAGCGUGUAUCCCGGCGAAGGAGGAAAGAUGCCGGUGCGUACUGAGUGUAGGAGCGGUAACGCCUCUGCGGCCUACACAUCCUCGGCUUCGCUUGUUCCACCUCCGCCGAUCAACACGCAGCAGCCGGGCGUCGCCACCUCGCUACUGUACAGCGGCUCGAAAUUCCGCGGACACCAGAAAAGCAAAGGAAACUCGUACGACGUGGAGGUGGUUCUCCAGCAUGUUACAAUGGAGGAUGCAUAUUUAUGUGGGUACCUAAAAAUCAAAGGAUUGACAGAGGAAUAUCCAACACUCACAACCUUUUUUGCUGGGGAAAUUAUCAGUAAAAAGCGUCCUUUUUUAACCAGGAAGUGGGACGCUGAUGAAGAUGUUGAUCGCAAACACUGGGGCAAGUUUCAAGCUUUUUAUCAGUACGCAAAAACAUUUAACUAUGACGACUUUGAUUAUGAAGAACUGAAAAACAGUGACUAUGUCUUUAUGAGGUGGAAGGAGCAGUUCCUAGUUCCAGAUCAUACAAUCAAAGACAUAAGUGGUGCAUCCUUUGCUGGCUUCUAUUAUAUCUGCUUCCAGAAAUCUACAGCCACUAUAGAGGGUUAUUACUACCAUAGAAGUUCAGAAUGGUAUCAGUCGUUGAACCUGACACAUGUCCUUGAACACAGUGUGCCAAUAUAUGAGUUUCGGUGACAUUGGCGCUCCAGCGCUGUUGUCAGAGGACUUUUUGCCAAUGCCCUGCAAUGCAAACAAAGGAGUGUAUAUGACAGGUGGGACAUAAGCUCUCCCAUGAUGGAGUAGGGGUCUGCAUUCUCCAUUAAGAGAGCGAGAUGGAUGGACAAGAAAAAUCUACUUGCAGGCCAUGCAAAGAAUACGUUGCCUGGGAUUUGUAGCAGCGUGUUUUUCAUUAAAACUUCAUUUUAAUGUUUGGUUUUAAGCUACUUUCUGUUUAACUGCACUAUCAUCAUGGUAUCUUUUUAAGGUGGGAUCUUUCAUAUUUUAUAUAUACAGUGUGUGUACAUAUAUAUAUUUUUUUUUAACCCCCCAAAAGGAAAGACUACAGUUAAAGUAGGCCGGUGCCUCCAUUUCUAGCUAAAGGCAGACAUAUACUCUUUAUAUGUGGGCGCAUCUGAGUUUUUCUCUCAUUCACAUUAGUAAUGAGCGCUUGAGCAUGAUGAAGAAAUGGCAAAAUGACAGACUGGAGACGGUUUUGUCAGAAGUUUUGUGGUGACAUGAGCUUUUGGGUUUUGUGAGAAAUUACAGAAAUAUUGAAGUCAUGUAUAUGAAAUGCCAAGUUAGUAACCUGUUACUUUACCAUGAGACACUCAAGGGCUUUUUGCUUCAGUGACUUGGGGCUGUGGUGAUCCAUAAUGGUCUUCUGGUUUGAAAGACUGCGAAGACUUACAUAGAAGGAUGUAUUUUAAUGUUGGUACCAAAUCCUGUAUUUGAGGUGCAAGACAAAUGCCCUCUGUCUGAAGGGUAGGAAAAUGUUUUAAAGUAUGCCCCCACCCUCAGUUCCUUGUAUGACUAUGCAAAAGAACCUUAAGAACAAACAGUGCUUAAGGUUCACUUUGUUUUGUUUGACAGAAUACUGGUAAAGAAAUUAGGAUCGAAAGAGGUAAUUAUGGCUAGUGCAGUACUCCAUGAAAUAAACUGUCCAUAAAAUGACUUCUUUUGGUCUGCCAUGUAAUCACCCCUACUUGUGUCUCCUUUAACUUUUCAAGUGCCAUCUUUUUAAGGAGAAGUUAGUUUUACAUAUUUUACUCUCAUGUAGAGUAUUUCUGGUGAAGUUUUUGGAGUUAUAAGCACUCAUAAUUUACAUGAUUGAAAACAUUGUGUGGACUAUAAUGAUCUUUUAAAGUUUUGCCCUAAAGCCUCUUUGUCAUUUGACAUGUGUAUGGGGUGGCCUCAUGCAGCCAUACUGAAUAUGUGCUUCAACGACUGCGCUCAUUGAUCUUUUAUCCCCUGCUUGGGUUGCAAAAGUCCUUAUGACCUUGGAAGAGAAGUUAUAGCUGAGGUAUAGAAUGAAAUGUGAAUGAAGACUAGGGUUUAUGUUCAAUGCCACACACUGUUAUAACAGUUAGAAAUGAGGCUUUAAACAUUGUUUUGACCAUGUAAAUAUGAUUUGAUGGUAACUCCUAAAGGUUAACAGUGUUAAUUUCUAAACUUGUGUUAACCAAACUGACAAUGAGCAAAAAGUUUUAUAUAGAAAAAAAUAAACCACUCCUUGAAGCUU